GUCAUUCACUUUGUGUCAUUCAUUUGUCUUUUGUGUUUUGUCAUUCACUAGGUUUUUAACCUCAUAUGCCUUUGCAUGCAACCAAUCAUAAUUCAUUAUAGUUUCUAAACAUACUCAUUUAUUCAUCUAUAAAUACCCUCUCAUAUCAACAUUAUCAAACCAUCUUCAUCACACUCUUUCCUUCUACCACAUUUCUUUCAUCUAACAAACUUAAGCUUUGCAAAAUCGAAUCAUGUCUUUGUUAACUAUGGGCGAUGAACACAGAGGCACAAUCGAGAAUAUCUCGACAUUUGAUCCGAAGCGGUUUAGAUGUCGUGUACAUGAAUAUGUACCCCACGAUCCUUUAAUAGAACCAUAUAUUAGAGGAUGUGGAUUUGGAAAUCUCCUAAACAUUGUUUCGUACUCGGUGGACUACAAGUUCAUCCUAGCUUUGUUGGAGAGGUGGAGACCCGAGACCCACACAUUUCACCUUCCGAUUGGUGAGUGUACCGUCACACUUGAGGACGUGUACAUGUUGUUGGGUCUUCGUAUAGAUGGAAAGGCAGUCAAUGGGAAAGUUAACCAUGUCAACGACAUAUGCAAUGAAUUACUGGGUGCCCCUUUGUUAGACGACGAACCUGAGGGAGACACAUCCAGUCAAGCAAGGGGGCAAGGUAUAAAUUUAAAAUACCUUAGACAAUAUUAUAACAGUAUAGUACUGUCUGAAGAUUCAACCGAUUUGUAUGGAGGCCAUAUCUGGGUCUAG